GGAGACAAUCAGACACAGCGGAGAGUCAAGUCAAGCAAGAACUUGUUUCUUGAUAGGCAGUAAGCCUCUUUUAUACCAGAAAACCUCCAAACCCUAGAAGGGGGUGAAGGAACCAAUCAAUCAUUUUAAAGGUCACCCUAUUUACAAGUUGUUUAUGUCCUGACACCAUUUCCUGUUUUUAGUAUCUUAUCUUAGUAUAAAUAACUUGAGCUAACUUUCUUUCUCACCAUUUGUCUCUAAUCUCCAUACAAACAACCCAAGCUAACUUCCUCUUAGCCAUCCUUUGUAUCUAUUCUCUGCACAAACAGCUUAAACUAACUUCCUCUGGUACCAUUUGUAUCCACUCUCUGUGUAAACACCUUAAAGCUUAAGCUCCAUUUAUCUGAAUUUCUCUCAGCACCCUCUUUGCAGCCCAUGUAUGCCCCCACAGCUUAUGACUCUGCUGACCUGGUUCGGUGGCUGGACGGCUCCUUCUCUUGCAUUCUCGGGGUGCUCUGCUCGCUUGCCAACUCCUCAGCUGAUGUUGUUUCCUCAGACUGCAGACUUCUGAGACCUCUCUCGAAUGGAUCUCAGCUGAACAGUCAGUAGGGCAAUCUCACCAACACCUUCAAGUUGUUGGGCUUCACACUAUCGGCAGCUGGACACUGGGCAGGCCUUGGGCAGAAUCUGGCCUGGCAUUUUUCCAAGUUGUGAAGUUUAAUAAACUCUUAUAGUGGGUUUUGUUGUACCCAGUGGCUUUUCUCACAAGGUAAACAGUGCCGCUUAAUGAACAUUAAACCGCUUAAUAAAUAACACUGGCUAUACCCUUCCAGUUUGCACUUCGUCAUUCACCACUGAGGCUGGAACUGCAGCCUCCAACCUGCCUCCGUGCCCAGAUCCUGAAAACCCUUCCCUUCUCUUUUUUGGAUACAUGUCCGACCUUUCCCUGACAUGUUGAAACAUGCCACAGUCAAUCAAAUUUAAACUAAUUUAACCAUUGCUUGCUUAGGCAACCGUGUUCGCUGGAGAUGACCAAACCAUAUCUAGAAUUCCCUUGCUGGGAUUAACAGAAGUCUACGAGCUUCUCUCAGGUUUGUUGCCUUUUUGCUCUAUGCCUGACCCCCAUUUGCAGGAAUUUUCUCUUGAGAAAUCAACACUCUUGAUUUUGCAUACGUAAGUGGUCUUUUGUGGGGUGAUUCAAGGACCCUAACACCUGGUAUGAUAUUGCCAACAUAGGGCAUUGGCUUUUCACGAUAUGUAUAGUGGAUAGCUAUUCCAGCUCUGACCUUGAAGCACUGCCCCCUAGCGAGGCAGACGGUAACUGCCAUGCAAGCCUAUGACCUGCUCAUAGGGCAUGGCCGAGACGGGAGCCCAUAAGACCUGAGAUGCAUACAUGCUGGCUCUCCUGACUCCUCGUGAUACUGGAUGCUGGAUUGCAGACCGAGUCAGAGUUCUCCAGAGAACCACGUUGGACUGUACCUCACCUCUCCUGUAUCCUGUAACUGACUCCUUUACUAGUUACAAGUCACCCCUUUAAAUAAACCUCUUUUAACUACCACGUAAACUAAGUGGAGCUGCUGUGUUCCCAGCUUUAGAAAAGGGCACUUCCAGUUGCAAUAUGCACAGCCACCCACCGGCUCUCCUACAUGGGUCAGCCGUUCCAUCCUGGCCCUUCAUUCAGGUGGCUCAGUGACCCCUCCCCAUGCCAACUCCUAUCCAAAUGGGAUUCUCCUGCCUGUUUUCCUCUCCCAACCAUUUCUCAGGCCAUUUCUUCACCCUACCUGAAUAGCCCACACAAUACCUGGGCAGGGCAGAGCAAGUCAGACAGCCGCCUCCCAGGCGAUUCCGGCAUGGACAGCACAAGCAAUGAACCAAGCAGAACUAGACCAGCUGCCUAGCCAUUUCCUCAGAAUCACUGCUGCCACUCCUACUUAGGGCACAGGCUAUUAUUGCUAAUGCCAUGGCCUCAAGCAUCAGAAGCCCCACCCCCAGCCUUACACCACCAUGCUGAGCAGCCACAGGUAGCACCUACCAGUGAUGAGCCAGGCAGUACUGUCCCAUGCUGCUAUUAGUCACAUUGAUUUUUUCAUGCUAGUUUCUCUGUUAGCUCUUCAGACUGCUCCCACACCCAUGCACAGGACAGUAGCCACAGUGGACCCUACUGUGUCAGCAAUGAACAUCACUGCAGUUAAUCACCCCUGCAAAUCUAUGCCUACAUCUGUGGUGUACAUGGGCCGCAAAGAUGGUGCUGAGAGGAAGUUAGAUGGAGCCCAAGUUGUUUACGCUGAGAUUAGACUGGAUACAAAAAUCAAAGGAAUGAGUAUGAUGUCAGUACAUAAACAGCACGUAGACAAAGGAAUUGAGUAGAGGGUGACCUUUAAAACAAUUGGUUCAUUCCUUCCACCACCACCCCAGGGUUCUGUGGUUUUCUAUCUUAAAAGAUGCUUACUGCCUAUUAACAAACAAGUUCCUGCUUGGCAUGACUCCCCACUGCAUCUGACUGUCUCCAGGAAAGAGGAAGGCUGGGAAUCGGGUGAGUGGUGCACUUAUCUUUUCUCUAUUCUGGACCACUUCCUUAGAGGUGAUCUAAGUUCCCAAUGUGGUGAGACCCCACAGCUGGCAGUCAACUUGGGGCUUGAAAGUACGUUCAGCCAAGGCCAAGCAGUCUUCCAUGGUGGGUGAAACCCUCUGUAUGGGUAAUGCAAUAUUUCCAAAAGAUCCCCAAGAGCCAGGGGAGGCCAAAGAAGGUAAAGAGGACCAGGAGGGUAAAGAGACCAAGAGUAAAGUCAUUACACGACCCCCCGCCUUACAUCCCGAAAAUAGGGAAAUGCUCCUCGCCAUAUACUACCCUUAGAAGGGACCUACAUAACUAGGGUACCUAUGACUGACCACUAGUCAGGGAUCAGAGAGUCAACAAACCGACUUACGCAGAGGCCUGUAUUAACCAGACAGGGCCCCAAGGGAAGCAAAAGACAGGGCCCCGAGAACAGACAACUCAGGCAUUUCCCAUUAAUCUGGCCUCCAGCCCUGAUAGGCCACAAGAAUUGUACCCAUGGAUGGUCAAAAACCUUAAGGAACUCCACAAGGCAGUGGCAGAGGAUGGUCCAAAUGUCCCUUGGUCCCAGACCCUACUGCAGUAUAUUACAUAUAAUCCCUGUGUCCCCAAGGAUUGCUGGACCUGGCUAAGGCUGACUGUUCAAGCACUCAAUGUAUCGAAUGGUGUGCCCACUAUAAGGAGGAAUGUAGAGUCCGAACAGAGGCCAAUCAAGCUGCUCAGCCUGCAAUCCUAAUUACUUAUGGCAUGUUGGCGAGAACUGCUGAUGAGUACUCUACUGGGGUCCACCACAUCGAGACCAGGUGUGACAUGCAGGGUUAGCAGCCUGGGGUAAGUUAGAUGAGAGAUCUACAGAAUCCCCCAUAGCUGGAGUCAGGCAGAAGCCCAAUGAGACCUUACCAGAAUUUAUAGACUCGGUUAACAGAGCACUAAUCGUAACUACCGACUGGACCACUCUGGGACCAAUUUAUAGAUUCUGGUCUGGGAUGGAAUGAAUACAGAACACUGUGCUGCCUAUGCAGGGCUGAAAGAGGCUCCCAUGGGCCGAUGGGUGGUCACCACCCAGGAUCUGGGCACCCAACAUCACCAGACCCAGAUGUUAGUCUUAACAUAAUCCCAGACAGCUGCUCUAACUCAGGCUUUCUCACAGGCCCUGGCAACCCAGAGUCUGGGGACUGCGAAGUCUGCUACCCGGGGGCCUGCUGUAGAUGUGGACAGGAGGGACAUUUUAAGCGAUAGUGUCCUCUGCAACAGCCUCCUACAGGUCAACAAAAGGCUUUAGGUUAGGCCAAGGACAAUAAAGCCCCCUACCACCCCUUGUCCUAGGUGCAGGAAGGGAUAUCAUUGGAAAAAAGACUGCAGGUCAAAAUUCAAUAUAGAUGGGAAACCUUUAAACUAGGUAAGGGGCGUCCUCCAGCCCUGUUAGCCAAAGGAGGAACUCUGGGGGGGAGGGCAGGCAUGGCCCCCCAGAAUGGCCCAUGCCAACUGACAGUUCCUUUGGUCUGGGGACACUGCCCCAAGAUGAGUAUUGUCAUAGGUGGGAGAAGGUUCCACUUCCUGGUGUGAUAUAGGGCCAGACAGGACCAUGCUCCACUGGAAGGAGGUACCCCCUGACUGGGACAUGACUCUGGGACCCUGAGUAUUGGGAGUAGCGGUUAAUGCUCAAUCUCUUAAAACAGUCACUCUCCUCAAAUGGACCAGCCCAGAUGGGGAACAGGACAAGACAUGAGCCCUGGUGUCUGGGAAUCUUACUGACAACUUAUUGGAGUAGGAUAUGUUGUCCCAAAUGGAUGCAGUACUUACCACCAACCACCAAACUUUCUAUGAUAUUAUGGAGGAAGAAGAGGCCCAAGGAAGGGGAUGGGGAGCAGAGGAGAUAAAAGGAGAGGACUUCUUCACCCACUAUAGAAAUGACCCCAAAAUUCCACCUGGGUUUACCACAAUUCCUAGAGGCCACUGCCCCCCAGAUACCCCCUAUCAGGUCGAGGCUGGGUGACCCAGUAUGGGUGGAGCAGUAGCCACUUGCUAAACCUAAAUUAGAGGCUCUGGUUAAGGAACAAUUGGACCUUGGAUGUGUGCGCCCUUCCAUGAGUUCCUGGAAUAACCUGUCUUGGUUAUUAAAAAAGUGUCAGGAGCAUGGCACAUGUUACAGGAUCUACGUAAAGUAAAUGAGAGGAUGGAGCUGGUAGGCCCCCCUUGAGGGGUCUGCCCUGGGUGCCAGCAAUACCCUCAGAAUAUACCCUGGUUGCGAUUGAUGCUUCUGUUUCUUGUCUAUCUCCCUCCAUCCAGAUGAUUGUACCAAGUUUGCCUUCUCUAUCCCCUCCCUCAAUUUCUCCCAACCUGAUCAGACAUUUAAAUGGACUGUAUUACCCCAGGAAAUGGCUAAUAGCCCGACCUCCUGCCAACAAUACCUGGCCACCCUGUUAGUACCCCUACUUAGAGAUGCAUAAGAUAGAUGCGUACCUGUUUAUAUGAAUAAUAUUAUUUUGGGACAUAAGGACCCCUCUUGUCUGCAGGACUUGUUGGGGCAGGUACUGCACAGCUUCAGAGAGGAGGGUGCCCCCCUUUAAGAUUCUUGGCACCAAACUUACCCUGACCUGAACCUGCCCACUUAAGCCUAAGCUACACAUUCCUGUGUCUUUGACCCUGACUCAGUUGCAGAGUAUCCUGGGAGAGAUCCAUUUGAUACUACCUUGGGUUCCCGUCUCCAAGAAUAGUCUUGUACCCUUAUUCUCCCUUUAAAAAAAUAAAAAACCUCAGGAUGUUAUUGCUCUUACCUGAGAACAUUGGGCCAUCCUUUUACAAUUUCAAGAUGCUCUUAAUAGAUUUCUGCUGACUUUCCCAGUUCCCUCUGGCUGUUCACAAGCGCUACAUUAACCUCUGCAGUGCUAGUGCAAAAAGGAGAGCCAAUAGAAUGGGUCAAUACCCCCCUUGUAGGCGCCCCAAACGUACACUCCAGUUUUUCCUAAAGGUACCCCCUUUACAAACACAGGGAGCUAACCCCAGAGGCCUAGAGCCAAAUAUCCUCUGACAAACCGAUGUUACUCAUUUCACACCCUUUAACAAUAAAACAAAAGGGAGAAUUAGCCUCCAUAUUCAGUUACUCUACACCCUUCAGCCAUCACACUCCAGCCUCGGGGCUACAAGGACACCCAUGUCGGGCACCAAUUAGGGCUUUCUGCUCCCCUUUGUGCCCCUUGUGGGGCAGGAGCUCCUGGAGUGACAGUCCCUAUAGAAGUGAUGACAGAAUACAAGUUUGUGGUGGUGGGUGCUGGAGGCAUGGCAAAGAGUGCCCUGACCAUGCAGGUGAUCCAGAAACAUUUUGUGGAUGAGUAUGACCCCAUCAUAGAGGACUCCUAUCGGAAACAGGUCAUCAUUGAUGGGGAGACAUGUCUGCUGGACAUCUUAGACACAGCAGGUCAAGAGGAGUAUAGUGCCAUGUGGGGCCAGUACAUGCACACAGGGGAGGGUUUCCUCUGUGUGUUUGCCAACAACAGCACCAAGUCCUUUGAAGACAUCCAUCAGUACAGGGAGCAGAGUAAGCUGGUGAAGGACUCAGACGAUGUGCCAAUAGUGCUGGUGGGAAACAAGUGUGACGUGGCCACUUGUACUGUUGAGUCUUGGCAGGCCCAGGACCUUGUACGCAGCUAUGACAUCCCCUACAUUGAAACAUCAUCCAAGACCCGACAGGGUGUAGAGGAUGCCUUUUACGCGCUAGUACGUGAGAUUUGGCAACACAAAGUACAAAAGCUAAACCGUCCCGAUGAGAAUGGCCCUGGUUCCACAAGCCACAAGUGUGUGCUAUCGUGACGCCAGAUGGAGAUACAUGUGGGGCAUACAGGAUGACAUGAGCUACAAAGAUGGUGCCGAGAGGAAGUUAGCCCAAGUUGUUUACGCUGAGAUUAGAUACAAAUGGUACUGAGAGAAGUGAGCCCAAGUUGUUUGCACUGAGAUUAGAUACAAAACCCAGAUUAUGUCAGUGCAUAAACAGCUCCUGGAAAAAGGAAUGAGUAUAGGGUGACCUUUAGAACAAUUGGUUUGGUCCUUCCAUCCCCCCCAGAGUUCUGUGGUUUUCUGCUUUAUAAGAUGUUUACUGCCUAAUAAUAAAGGAGUUCCUGCUUGACAUGACUCCCUGCUGUGUCUGAUGAGCUCCGGGUAAGAGGGAGGCUGGGAAACGAAUAAGCGGCACACUUAACUUCCCUCGGCUCCAGACCACCUCCUCAGAGGUGACCUCAGUUCCCAGUGAGGUGAGACCACACAUACAUCAUCAGAGCUCGUAAGACACUCGACAAAUUUUAAACAGUGAACUAGGUUUUUUAAAAAAGGAGGAAAAACUUUCGCAUGUCAAGAAUCGAAGUGCACAGAGUUAGGACUAUGUUUAGUGCCACUAUGAACGGCUUGCAAAUGAAGAAACUAAAUGAAGAUGUUGGCAUUCUGGCCCAUCCCUUGGGGACCCACCCUGUGUCCUGAUGUAAGGCUCCUUUAGGGAAACACCCCUCCCUUCUUCUUCCCUUUCCCACCAUGAGGUGUGCACAACUCCACUUUCCCUUUCUCUUCGUUUUCUUUCUCUCUCCUUCUUUCCCUAUUUCUCUCUCGCGCUCUUCAUAAUAAACUCAUGUGGAUACAAGGUAUGUAAUGGGUAGUGGUUCCAGCUUUGACCUUGAAGCACCACCUCAGUGAGGCAGCUGGUAACUGUCACGCAUACCUAUGACCUGCCCCUGGGGUGUGGCCGAGAUGGAAGCCCUCAAGACCAGAGAUCUGUCUGGCCCUCUUCAUUUCUCAUGAACCUGGAUGCUGGAUGGCAGAUCAAGUCAGACUUUACUAGAGAACCCAGCUGGACUGCACCUCACAUCUCUCAGAUUCUAUAAACAACCCCCUUACUGGCUGCAAGUUAGGAGUUGCCUUGAUAAAUGCCCACAUUAUCUGGCACUCACGUGGGGCAUCCUCCAAAUGGCUGGGCAGCCUCUGCAAUCAGAUUCCUCUAUGGCUGCUAUGGCACAGUUUCCACACCUCCCACUCUUUCCUGUCUCUUUUAAAACUGCCAUCCCUCCUGGGGACCAAGUGUUUACCCAUUCAGUCCAUAACUUACCAGUACUGUUCCUUCCCUUCAUUCCGCCUCCCUGGCUAUUGGGCACAUGCACCCACCUGCCGAGUUCUGGAUAGCUGACCACUCUCAGGGUGGGCACCAAGGAACCCCUCCAUAGCCAGUCUGGUUCCAUUCCCCACCCAAAGGUGUAGUGGGUAGCCACUCCAGCUUUGAUCUGGAAGUUCCAACCCCCACUGAGGCUUCGGUAACUGUCACACCUAUAAGGUGGGGCCAAGGGAGGACCCUGGAAGAACCGAGAUCCGGAUGCGUCGCACUCUCUUGGUUCUUAGACCCUGGACGCUGGAAGUAGACCGAGCAGAGUUCUCCAGAGAACACCACUGGACUGCGCUACCUUUCCCAGACCCUGUAAUCUAUCCCUUCACUUGUAAGCUACCCCACAAAAUAAACCUCCAUUUUAACUACGUGGAGUGGCCUUAAUAAUUUCACCAAUAUCUGGCGCCCAACUUGAGGCAAAUUCCAUAGGCCUGGGUGUCUCCCACCCUCAGCUUCCUCCCCAGCUGGCAGGCACUUAAAACUGCAGGGUACCACCUACAGAGCUCCAGGAAACCUGCACAGUUUCAUUCCUGAAAAAGAGCUAAUCCAGUCUCAGUUCUGAGGCAAGUUUAGCCCCCAGACCAGCGAAACCGCUGUGAGUGAGGCGUUCCCCCUCCUCCCUGAGUGCCGGCUCCCCGCCCCAGCUUGAGGCUUCCACAGUUUCACCUAGUUAAAAUAGACAUGGCACUGUCCCCUUCGGUGGCACCCUACAGAGGCACAGAGAGGGCUUGGAGCCGGGCCUGCUGGCAGAUCUCCUGUCUGCAGAGGCAGAGAGGGCCUUAGAGCAGCCUGGAACUCUCCACGCUCUGAAGCUCCAGGGAGUCACCUGAAGAACUGCCUACUGCCUAUGCUCACUCUGCGGCCAGGCAAGACAUUCAACAGGCCCUGCUUUGGAGCUAUACCAAUGCCUCCUGCUGGCUGAAAAGUGCUACUACACCCCCAAAACCACGAAAACAUAAGGAAACCAGCAUCUUAUUUCAAGUAAAAGUACUUGAUAAUUUUACACCUUAAAACUGACUAACAAAACUGAGCUAACAAAUUUGUAAUAGGGCUGACAACAUUACCUCACAAGAAUUUAAAAAACCUUUUUCCUUAUAUGAUUAAUGACAUUUUCCUGGAAAUCUAUGACUUUCUAAGGUAUAUCUGGCCUGUACCAUUUUGGCAUUCAUCGUAAUAAUUCACACAGUGUUCAAACACAGGUUUAAUAACAAAAACAAAGCUGAGUCAUUAUUGGGACUGAUAUAGACUGUAAAAGAUAGCAAUGAAGUCUUACAGAAAAAGAUUCUCUCUCUGGAAUCUGCUAACCAGGAUUUACAAGCUUUAAAAGAUAACAAUGAAAUAUACAAAAAAAAAGAUUCUCUCUCUAAAAUCUGCUAACCAAGAUUUACAGUGGCUGAGUCUGGUUCCAGGAUCUGCAGGAAGCUGAGCCCCCGGACUGGCGAGAGCCACUGUGAGUGAGCCACCCACCACCAUGCAGGCUCCCACCUGAGCCUACAGCUUCCACCUUCUCACCCUCUCGCUCAGAGGCUGCCUAGUUAAAAUGGAAGCUGAUGCCAACCAUCAUAGUCACUGCCUAGAACUCUCCCCACCCCGAGUUCAGGCCACUCAAUUCCAUAUGUCAGCCUCUUGGCUGAUGGAAGAGCACUUAGGGGCUAAGGAGGCCACGAAAGCAAAGCCGGGCCCUAAAGCUCCAGGGAGAGGCAGAAAGAUCUGCCGCCAUGCUGCUGCCACCAAUCCUCCAAGGUGCACACGGGACACUCUACUCUCACCUGCAGCCGCUGCAACCAGUCUUCAGUGGGACCUGCUUUAGCACGACACUGGCGACUCAUGUUGGCUGAAAAGCGCUACUACACCCAAAAAACCAUCCCAAGGACAGUAAGGAAAGCAAGCCAGUCUCUCACUUCAGGUAAGAGUAGUUAAUAAUUUUACAAUUUGAAACUGUUUAACAAAUUUUGAAUACUCUUAUAAUAUUGUCGAAAAUAUUACUUCACAAAAAAUUAAGAACUUUCUUGCUAAUAUAGAAUAUCACCACAUAUAGAUCAUAAUGCUUUAUAAUAAAUAGCCUACAGACAUGGACAUUAAUCUAAACAUUGUAGUGGGUAGCUAGCUGUUCCAGCUUUGUCCUGGAAGUACUACCCUCCAGUGAGGCUUCUGGUAACUGUCACGCCUACCCAUGACCUGCCCCUAAUGCAGGACCAAGAUGGGAGCCCUUGAGAACCAAGGUCCGGAUGUGCCGGUCUCUUGUUCCUGGUGAUCCUGGAUGGUAGACCAAGCAGUUUUCCAUAGGACUGCACUUCACCUCUCCUGGAUCCUGUAACCUAUCCCUUUACUUGUAAGUUACCCCAAAAUAAACCUCCCUUUUAACUACGUGGAGUUGCCUUAAUCUCCCACCAACUGGCACUCAUGUGUGGCAAACUCCAAAUGCCUGGGAGGCCUCCACCCUCAGCCUCCUGUGUGGCUGCUGUGCCACGCUUUCCACACUUCCCACACUUCCCUGUCUCUUUAAAAAUUCCUGCCCCUCCUAGCAAUCAAGCACUUACCCAUUCAGCCCAUAACCUCUCAAUACUGUUCCUUCCCUUCCCUUCCUUCCUUCUCCAUGGCUUGCAGGCACCUGCACCCAUCUGCCAAGUUCCAUAUAGCCAGGGAGAACCUCUGCAUUGAUUCUGGUUCCAUUCCUGAAGCAAGGGAACAGUCAAGUCUGGUCCCAGUUCCCCUGGCAAGCUUAGUACCCAGAAUGGCAAAAAGCCACAGAGAGUGAAGCGUUCUACCAGGCCUCUGCACACCGGCUCGCGCCCAAGACCAAGGCUUCCACAGUCUCACCACCACUCUCAGAAGCUGCUCAGAGGCUGCCUGGUUAAAAUAGACACCGGGCCAACCCCUGGCCGGCUCCCUGAGGGUGCUGCUUCCGGGGCUGCAAAGGAGCUGAGAGGGGCUUGUGUUGGGCCCUGGCCCCCUGCUCCUUGGGUAGCUGCUGACUUGCUUACUGACCUUUACCAGAUAGCCUCCCUAUGCUGAUUUCCUGCUGGUUCCUUCCUCGAAAACAGCUAACCGCAGGUUCCUUGUUCCGUGCAUCCCGGAUAGUUGAGUAAAGAGCUAGGGCUGAGCUAGUGAACUUUUGCCCUCCCGGGUUUUUCCAUCACGCUGUUAGUCUGUAUUUAAGGCCCCUGCUUCCCUUCAAUAAACGGCAUUCUACUGAUACGAAUGACCCGCUGUCCUGUCCUCAGCCCCUCACUCCGACUUGAUGAGUUGCUUUGUAGCAUGGGCACUACAGCCUCCAAGAAAUCUGUCAGUUUGGGCCCCGGGAAAGCUGUUAGUUUAGCCUCCAGGAAAUCUGUCGGUUUGGGCCCUGAGAUUAUCUGUCAGUUUGGGUCCUGCCAAAUCUGUCAAAGAGAAGACAGCUAUCAAGUCAUGUGCUGCUAUCCCCUCUGCUCCAACACCACCACUGGCAGCUACCCCUCUGCCGCAGUAUUCUUGGGGUGAUCUACCACAAUACCUGCCUGCCUCAGGAGGUGGCUACUCUCCCGUGGUGCCAGGUGUCUUACAACCCUCACAGUCUGCGCCACUGUCAGUCCAUACGCCCAUAGAAGCCUUAUAGACUGGGAGCCUAAAUGCCAAUGCCCAGCACUGGAUUCUCAUCCCCAGAGCUGAUCUCUUCUUCAUCUGGAAGGACACCAAUGAGUCAGGCCCAGAUUCCCCCUACUUUCAGCAGGUCAUUGCUAAAUGGUCCAUGCAGUUACAAACUUAUUUCUAUUGGUACCAUUUGCUUUUAAAGCUGUGUUAGAGCCUGAAGUCUUUCUUAGGUGAAAAUCAGCCUAUGAGGAUCAGGCAGAAUCCCAGGCCCGAACGAACAUCUUACAUAAUGUCCAGGUGACCUAUGAAUGUAGGAAAUAUGUCCAUCCAGUGCACCAGGCACAGAUUGGCUUCAAUGCCUAUUUUCAACAAGUCUCGGACCUGGACCUCAAGGCCCCCAGAGCCUGUACUUGCGCAACUUUAUCCAACAGCCCGGGGAGCUAUUCACCAACUUCUUGGCCCAUGUGAAUGAGGCAGUAGAGCACAGAGUGGAUGUGGGCCCCACUAGACACGUGCUAUUAACAACUGACUUGGGAGGGACUCAAUACCCAAAUCUGUAAUACAGCUAUGUGGUAUAAAAACAUACAUAAAAAUGGGUGCAGGCCACCAGAGACCUUGACCCCAGCACCAGUCUAAUCGCUGCUCUUACUGCCUCCCUGGAUGCUUGCCUCACUGACAAGCAGGGUACUAAUGACACUCCCAAGGGUCCUCAGGCAGACAGAACUUGCUGGGGAUGUGGCAAAACAGGCUAUCUGUGGCAUGACUGCCCCUGGGCAGAAACUAUGAUCUGAUGCCCCAUAUGCAAUAAAGGAUUUCAUUGGGCAAAGGAUUGCAGGUCACAGCUUGCUGAAACACCAGCCCCUUUAAAGUCCAGGUGAGGCACUCCUCAGCCCUGCCAGUAAAAGGCUCUGGUAACCCAAAAUCUAUUAAAGAAUGCCCAUCUUUCCAAAGGUUUGGUUGACAAGAGUGCAAAUGCUACCAUUUUAACCAAGACUGGGGUUCUUCACUUCCAACAAUGGAAGUUUAAACCUGGCCCCACUAUGAUUCGUGUGGGAGGCCUACUAGAUUCUAAGAUGAACACCCAUCCAGUCCAUUGGAUGGAUCUUGAUGGCAAUCGGGAAGCCAUUCACCCUAUCAUUUCCAAUGUACCUAGAAACCUCUGGGGCAGAGAUAUAAGUGUUGUCCUAAUUAUAGAUGACAGGGUCUUUUUUGAUGACAUCAAGGUCCAUGAAAAGGCAUGUCUUGUGGUCCGUGACCCUGCACAACAUAUGCACCCCCAAUUCUGAAGGCCAUGAGAUCCACCACAACCAAGCCCCCUAGCCCCAUUCCAUUGACGUGGCUCUCAGAUCAAGAAGUGUCAGGGACAAGGAUAGAACCUCUAGCUAAUGGAAAAAUACAGACCUUUAGAAGAGCUUAAUGGAAAAAUACAGGCCCCUGAUAAGAUAGGGAACAAGAACAUCUUGCAGUCAGGUUGCCUGACAGGACAUUGAGACAGAAACCUUGGCCUUUUCACCCAGGUGCUGUGGAAUGGUCUGUAUGUCAAAUGUGUUGCUGAUUGGUCAAUAAAUAAAUCACUGAUUGGUCAGUGGCCAGGCAGGAAGUAUAGGCGGGACAAGGAGGAGAAUAGAGCUGGGAAGUGGAAGGCUGAGUCAGAGAGACACUGCCAGCUGCCAUGAUGACAAACAGCAUGUGAAGAUGCCGGUAAGCCAUGAGCCAUGUGGCAAGGUAUAGAUUAAUGGAAAUGGAUUAAUUUAAGCUGUAAGAACAGUUAGCAAGAAGCCUGCCACGGCCAUACAGUUUGUAACCAAUAUAAGUCUCUGUGUUUACUUGAUCGGGUUUGAGCGGCUUGGGACUGGCGGGUGAGAGAGAUUUGUCCUGACUGUGGGCCAGGUAGGAAAACUCUAGCAACACCCUGCCAAUAUUUUGCACAAACAUCCUGCAGCUGUGUUAACUUCCUUCAUGUAGAUAACAGUUUCCUGCUCCCCCUACCCUGCAAGAGUUAUAUGAACCCUCUUGGAGAAAAAUAAAGUUGCACCUUGAUCAGAAUCCUGUCUUGCUGUCUUCCUUUGUGUCUCCUAUCCUUAUCAUUCCAUCCUUAUUAAUAACCUCUUUUCCGUCAGGGGAAUGUUUAUGGAUCUUUGUGUCCAUAAACAUGGGGACGGCUCGGGGACUGUUUAGAUGAUUACUGCAGGGCUUUUGGACCAGAGAAGGUCCCCGUCACCACAUUCUCUUACUGGAACCUUAUUAAUGACAUUCUUAGGGUCCAUAAACAUUCCCCAGAUGGAAAAGAGGUUAUUAAUACAGGAGAAAAAAUCUUAAAAGAAGACUUCCGCGCCCCCUCUACCUGCCCUAAGACCCCCCUAGUGCUUUCUCGUGCGCCUUCAGUCAGUCCCUCGGACCACGACCUGCACUCUAUGUAAAAGGGAAUGCUCAUGACUUCUGAACCUAAGAAUCCUCAGGACUCCGCCCCUCCCCAUCUUCAUCCCUCUCGUAAUAAUCUUACCUCUAACUCCCCUCUAGACCCCACCGAGGAAGCUUCCCUAGAGAAAGAGGCGGCCCAUUACCAUAAUCCAGACUGGCCACCCUACAAAAAUCUCCCCUUAAAACAGGGGUCCCUGGGCCCUUUUAAACCACCUCA